AAGAGUGACACCCGGAUGACUGACACUUCAAAACUCGCAAAAAUGUCGAGGUUAAGUUCAGUGAAAAUUCCAAUUUCUCGUGUUAUUUUGCGAAAUUUAUCAACUAAACAUCCCACUGGGGCUCAAAAUCUUGUUAAUAGUGUUGCAAUAACUGAUGAUGGAUCAACAUUUGUUGCUUGGCAUCCAAAACCUGAGUUUCCCUAUGAAUUCAGCAAACCCAUCCCACCGGCUAUAGAGAGGGACAAUUCUUCAUUGCUCAGGGAUAAUGCUGUAAAUACAGCAAUGCAGGCAUUCAAGACUAAGCAUCCUGAAGUGGCCAGAGAGGAACUGAUGCGUCUGACAUAUACAACAAAGCAUAGAUGGUUUCCCAGGAGCAGGGACAAGAAGGCCAAGAAAGACACUCCAAUGGACAGACCAUAUUUGUAGUAAUUUAGUAAAAUGCUUUUUGGAUAGAAAUACAAAUUGAUUACCUU